AUGUCUGAAAAAUGUUCGAUUGCAACAUGUGAACGUUUACAACAUGCAUUAUGUCAUGGAUGUAAACUAAAUUUUUGUCGUGAACAUAUGUUUGAACAUUCGUUAGCAACACAUUUACAAUUAAAUCCAUUAAUUGAUCAAACUAAUCAACUGCAAGAUGUUUUAAAAGGUUUAAAUCAUACAAUGGCAAUUGAACCAGCUUUUAAACAAUUAGAAUUAUGGCGUCAGAAAGCUCAUCAAACAGUAGAUCUAUAUUAUGGAGCAAAAUUGCAAGAAUUAGAACUAUAUGUAAUUAAUAAAAUUAAAGAACAGGAACAGGAAUUAAUUGCUAUUCAAGCAAGAAUUACAACAUCUUCACGUGAACAAGAUACAACACAUGAACUCAUAGAUAUAUUAACACUUAGAAUAGAAAGUUUACGAAGAGAUAUAAAUAAAGUUUUACAAUCUGAUUUUCCAGUUCAAAUUAAUCCUUUAACUAUUGAUAAAAAUGUAAUUAAUAUCGAACCAUUAUUUGAUAUAUCAAAACUUCCAACUGUAUAUAGAAUACUUAAUCGUCAUCAUCAAAGUUUUACAUCAAUAGCAGCUAAUGAUAAACUUUUAUUAUUACAUCAUCAAGGUACAUUACUUUUUGUCGAUGAAUCAUUAUCAACAUUUAAACAAAUUCAAUGGACAUAUGGACCUAUUUAUGAUAUGUGUUAUUCAAUUGUAUUACAACAAUUUAUAAUCAUAAAUGAACAUGAAGUAUUUCUUUUAAAUAAAGAUAAUAUGAGUAUCACUAAAGUUAGUUCUAUUCCAUAUCAACAAUGGUUUUCAUGUACAUGUUCAAAUACUUCAUUAUAUUUAUCAACACAAGUUUAUAGUUCAUCAAUUAUGGAAUUUAAUUUAUUAGAUUCAAUGGCAUUUGUUAAAAAAUGGACAUCACCUGAUACAUGUGUAAAAAAUGAAGCAAUUGAUGGUAUGUUUUAUAAUAAUGAUAAACUUGCUUUAAUGAUUAGUAGUGAUGUUCAAAAAUCUGUGCGCAUAGAAUUACGUGUAGCAUCAUCACUUAAGGUUGUUUGGUCACUUCAACUUGAUCUUAUCUAUGAUGAAAGUCAAGCUUAUCGAUUUUGUUUGAUUAAUAAUGAUGAAUGGCUUGUAUCUGAUCAUACUGGUUCACGUCUUUUACAUAUAUCGAAUGAUGGAAAAAUCAAAUCAAUUGUUGCAUAUCAACCGGCUCCAUGUUGUGCAGUUAAAUUUACACCUAAUAUGUUGGCUGUAUCAACAAAAUCAGUUAUUCAAUUACAUAAAUUUUUAUAA